CAAUCAGAACUUUUCCAGAUACACAAAAUAUCCAACAUGCUAGAAAUGGCACCAAGGCUUUCACAGCUCUUACUCCUUCCUAUUCUUCUAGUUCUCUCCAUUUGUUGUACAGCCUCAGCUUCAUCCUCAGCUCCUGAGAACUUUGUUUCAUGUCUUUUAAGCCAUUCGCUCCCUUCUCACCCAAUCGGUCCAGCAAUUUACACUCCCAACAAUGCUUCUUACUCUUCCGUUUUGGAAUCCUACAUCCGAAACCUCCGUUUCAAUGAAUCAUACACCCGAAAACCUUACCUUAUUAUCACCGCAUUGCACGUAUCCCAUGUGCAACAAGCCAUCCUUUGUGCUCAAAAGCACAACUUACAGAUGAAAAUUAGAAGCGGAGGUCACGAUUACGAGGGUGUGUCGUAUGUGGCUGAAGUCCCAUUCUUCAUCCUCGACCUGUUUAAUCUUCGAACCAUCAACGUAGACAUCAAAACCGAGACUGCAUGGGUCCAGGCCGGUGCUACUCUAGGCGAACUUUACUACAGAAUUUACGAGAAAAGCAAAGUCCAUGGAUUUCCCGCCGGUGUAUGCCCCACAGUCGGUGUUGGAGGACACUUCAGUGGCGGUGGAUAUGGUAACAUGAUGAGAAAGUACGGCUUGUCAGUUGACAACAUAGUCGAUGCACAAAUAGUUGAUGUGCAUGGAAGACUUCUUGAUCGAAAAUCGAUGGGAGAAGACCUCUUUUGGGCCAUCACCGGAGGCGGAGGAGCCAGCUUUGGAGUGGUGAUCGCCUACAAGAUCAACCUUGUACGCGUCCCAGAGACCGUUACUGUUUUCAGGGUUAUAAGAACCUUGGAACAGAAUGCAACUGACAUUGUGUAUCGUUGGCAAUAUGUCGCAAAUAAGCUUGACAAUGACUUGUUCAUCAGGCUUACCAUGGAUGUUGUCAAUGUAACUGGCUCUCAAACUGGAGAAAAGACUCUAAGAGCUACAUUCAACGCCUUGUUUCUUGGAGACUCCGCAAGACUACUCACCGUGAUGAACAAGAGUUUCCCUGAACUGGGUUUGGAGCAAUCAGAUUGCCAAGAAAUGAGUUGGGUUGAAUCGACGCUUUUCUGGACAAGCUUUGCAAACGGGACAGCUCCCGAGGCUUUGCUCUCUAGAGUUCCUCAAGUACUUACCCACUUGAAGAGGAAGUCGGACUACGUCAAGCAGCCAAUUCCGAAAGCUGGUUUGAAGUGGAUUAUUCAGAAAAUGAUCGAGUUGCAGACGCCCAUGUUGACUUUCAAUCCUUACGGCGGAAGAAUGGCUGAGAUUGCGGCAUCUGCAAAACCUUUUCCACAUAGAGCUGGGAAUCUCUGGAAGGUUCAGUAUGCAACAAACUGGGACGCUUCUGGGUCCGAGGCUGCGGAGAAAUACAUCGAUUUGACGAGGAAGUUGUUCGAGUACAUGACUCCUUUCGUUUCCAAGAACCCGAGGGAAGCCUUCUUCAACUAUAAAGAUCUCGACAUUGGGAUCAACCAUAAUGACAAGGGAAGCUAUUUUGAGGGAAGAGUUUUUGGGGUCAAGUAUUUCAAGGAAAAUUUCGAUAAAUUGGUGCUUAUUAAGACCAAGGUUGAUCCUGGUAAUUUCUUUAGGAACGAACAAAGUAUCCCUACUCUUCCAUACUAGAGGAAAUAGCUAGCAUGCAUGGGAUAGUAAAGC